CGCUGCUCAGCCAUUGUGGCUCGGACUAGUUUUCACAGGCCUGGGAAUUUGGACGAGUUCGUCCACGUGUGAUUUCCCCCGGAAAUCAUCACCCCGGAAGAAAAGGUCCGCGAAGGUGACUAACUCCAGAAGAAAGCUGUUCGAAGCGUGCGGCUGAGAGCCCUAGGGCCUCGGCCUGGGCAGUGCUUACACAGCUGAGAUGGGAGGACUCACCAAAGGUGGCAGCAGCUAGGCGGACUUCGUUCCACUUCUCCAACACUGGCGAGCUGGUUUCCCUCCGGCCAGCUUUCGGUACUGCACAGGCAUGCAGAGGUGAAAGGUUACAAACAUGGCGCUGGCCGCCCGUCUCCUACCUCUGCCUCUGCUUUCUCGGCCGAUGCCAGGCCGAGCCACUCGACUCCGGACUCUCGGUACCACCGAGGUGAGGCUGACGCUGACUGAAUUUUGCUGCCUGUGCCGCCGUCGCCUGGGCUCAAGCGCGGCUCCGAUCCCUCGCAGCACUUGGCCCUGGGCAAGACCAGCGUUGCGUCCCUGGGGCCCCCGAAGGCCCCUUCUCGGCCUGGCGGAACAUCCUUCAGCCCUUGCUUCUUUACCCGCUAGUCCCAGCCGCAGCUACAGCACCGAGGAGCAGCCGCAGCAACGUCAGAGAACCAGAAUGAUCAUUCUGGGAUUUUCCAAUCCUAUCAACUGGGUCCGGACUCGAAUUUACGCCUUCCUUAUCUGGGCCUAUUUCGACAAAGAGUUCAGCAUCGCUGAGUUCUCUGAAGGGGCGAAGCAGGCUUUUGCUUAUGUAUCCAAGUUGCUGUCACAGUGUAAAUUUGAUCUAUUGGAAGAACUUGUAGCCAAAGAGGUGCUGCAGGUGUUAAGAGAAAAGGUUGCUUCGUUGUCUGACAACCAUAAGAGUGCGCUUGCUGCAGACGUAGAUGAUAUUGUCUACACGUCAACAGGCGACAUCUCCAUCUACUAUGAUGAGAAAGGAAGGAAGUUCGUUAACAUCCUGAUGUGCUUUUGGUAUCUGACUAGUGCCAACAUCCCCAGUGAGUCCUUAAGUGGAGCCAACGUGUUCCAGGUGAAGCUGGGGGAUCAGAGUGUGGAAACUAAGCAGCUGCUCAGUGCGAGUUAUGAAUUUCAGAGGGAAUUUACACAAGGAGUAAAGCCUGACUGGACUAUUGCACGGAUUGAACACUCAAAGCUACUAGAAUAAUCUUUCUUGGAAAAAAAAUCAGGGCGUGAACUCUUAAAUAAUUGCUGUGAAAAACUAAGGAAGACAAGUUCUGGAUGAUUUGACUUUAACUUAAUUAAGUCUGUGGAUUACUUAAUUAAGUCUGUGGAUUACUUUUGCAUUAUUUGCAAAUACUCAGUAUAUUGACCUAAUACAAUAAAGCAUUUUCCACAGA